AUGGAUGACGGUCAUUCUGAGACAAAAGCACGAAUUUAUUCACCGGAGUCCUCGACUGGAUUCUCUGGAAACGUGGGAACUGCCAGCAGAGGCGGAGAUGUAUUUACUGAUCUGAGUUCAAAUGGACUGAAGUUUGCCAAGAAGGAACUUUUACUGAUGCCUCCUGAAGAAAAGCUUAAACACUUUACUAAUCGGGCUCAAGACAGUGAAGACAACCAGCAGUUCGACGCUUGCAUCCAGGACUUGGUGCGAUGCGUCGCUUUGACGAGACUUGUUUAUGGGGAGAGACAUCUAAAACUUGCCCAGUCCCAUGCCAGACUGGCCAAAGCAUACUUCCAGUUCAAAGGUUGGGGACUGCAGGCCCAGGAACACUUGGCCAAAGCCAGAGACCUCCUACCCUUCUACUCGUCCUGCAGAGAUGAGAAGCUUGAUGUUCUCUUGUGUCUCCUAAACGUGAACCUCACACAGGGAGCUGCUGCUUUACUUACAGACAAUUUAGAGGAGGCGGAUUCAUCUUUACUCAAGGCAGAGCAAAUCAUGGAGGAGCUUUACCAACAAGAUGUUAUUAAGCAAGAAGAGAAGACAAAGACUCACCUGGAAAUCGCCAGUGGUUUAUACAGGGUCUAUAGGAGGCAGAACCGAUCAGAAGAGGCGUUGAACCAGUGUGAAAAGUCUUUGCAGCUGCUGAAGGACUGCAAUAAGCCAGAGGAGACGUGUGCCGUCUAUAAAGACAUGGCAGCUAUUGAACAAGACAGAGGUCAUUUGGACAGAGCUAUAACGCAUCUCUCCAAGGCUCAUGCCGUUGCUAUGAGUCACAAUCCAGAGGGGCUACAGGGGGCUCAGAUCUCCCACAGUCUUGCCAUGAUCCUUUCUGCUGCACCAGAGCCCCAUCACAAUGAUGCUGCGGGUCAGUACUUUGAGCAGAGUCUAAGUGCAUAUAAAAACUCUGUAGGCCUGCAGGAUCCAGCCUUCCUUUCUGUCCAGGAUGACUUCUGUCGCUUUCUUCUCAUCAAUGGCCAGCGGGAGAAAUGUAUGGAGAUCCAGAGGGCCUCUCUUGAUUUGAAAAGAUCUGCGUUUGGAGACCUGAGUGCUGAGGUAGCAGACGCUCUUCAGCUGAUUGGAAGUGUAGAGAUGGCUGAGGGCCAGAUGAGCCAGGCCCACAGGACCAUGACAAAGUGCCUGAAGAUUCAGAGCUCGUUAUACGGUCCUCAGCACAAGAAAACAAAAGCGGUGCAGAAAGCUGUGGACGUGCUGGCGAGGACAACAGAGGUGGUCGAGAGACAGCAAAGACAAGCCAGAAGGAAAAAAAAGGCUGGACAUGUUUACGAUUAUACCAUCCAGUAGGAACAUUGAAAACUCCAUGUCUGAGU